GUGUUGCAACCCUGGUUGACUGAAAAAAAUUGGGGAAAGGAAAGCAUUUUUUAGGCCGCAUUAAUUAAGUUGAAAAAAGCGUCGAGAAGCGUGUUAAGUUGAUAAAUAACAAGGCCCAGCGACAAGGUAACUCCGUAUCAGCACAAGUCGGGAUGGACUACCGCCAACUGAAGAACGACGCUUACGGCAUUGGCCAGCGGCGUGGAGUGGGGAACUCCGGCGGAGGAGGCGGUGGUGGUGGAGGCGGAGGUGGGAUGUAUUCCUCAAACUUCGGCGGUGGCGGCAACUAUGGCGGAGGAGGUGGGAACCCCGGUGGCGGUGGCUAUGGCGGCAACCGGAACACGGCUUCGGAUGGCGGAAACUUCAACCGCGGUGGCUACAACAACAGCAGUGGCGGCAACAACAACUACCCGCGCCCCGCAGACGAACGGUCCGGUUUUAAUCCAAACAAUCAGCGCUUCGGCGGCAACUCCGGCGAUGAUAUUCAGGACAACUUCCGGGGUGGUCCGUCGUCCAACUUUGGUCAAAUGAACAGAGGCCCUUCCAAUGUAGGCCACCUAGCGCGUUUGUUGGAUCUGGAGGCACCGCAGAACCGCAUCCCCGGAAUCUCCGCUAAUUUCAACUCGGACCGCAAUCCGGAGAUCAAUUACCGUGGUCCGCAGUCGCAGGGAAGCGGAGAUGGAUACUUCAACGGCGAGCCAAGAAAUCAGGGUUCUUUCAGUAACUUUGGUCCCAACGACGGGCCUUCUUUUGGCGGCAAUAAUGGACCCUCUUUUGAUGGAAACAAUGGUCCUGCUUUUGGAGGCAGUGGAGGUCCUUCCUAUGUAGGAAACAAUGGACCUUCCUUCGGAGGAAUUAAUCAACGCAACUCUGGGAACUUCAACAAUGACAAUUUUCAAGGAAGAGGUCCCAACUUCAAUGACCAGGGAUCUGGUUUCAAUGAUUCCUACGCACGCAGUGGAAACCAGGGCAAUUUUCCGUCCAAUUCUGGAAACUUUGGUAACAACGAUGACAUAGGAAACAUAUAUAAUCGCAGGCCAGGAGUCGGAGGACCUGGAGGCCAAGGCUUCAACCCAAAUACUGGUGGCAAUAUCACCAACAACAACCCCGGAGGCGGCUUCAACCCAAAUUCUGGUGGCAACUUCCCCAGCAACAACUCCGGAGGUGGCUUCAGCAACAACAUCAGUCGCACCUUUAACGACUCUCGCAACAACUGGAACAACUCGCAGUCGCAAUCCUCUUCGUUCCAGAGCUCUGGCUAUCAGUCGAACAGCGGAGGUGGAGGAGGAGGAGGAGGAGCCAAUAGCUCUGGUUGGGAAGCCAGCCAGCGUGCCUUCAACUCAAAGCGCAAUCAAUUGCAGAAAGUGAACUUGAAUAAUGGCGGGUCUAUUCGAAAAUCCGGACCCCAGCCCGCUGUCAAAGCGGUGCAGAACUUGCGCAACAAUCCCAGGGCGGCUGCUGCAAUCGUCAACGCAGCAGGCAGGACCAACGUGCCCAACAACAGGAACAACCAGGCAAACAGGCCUGGCAAUCCGCGUCCUGGCAAUGCCGUUGGAGUGCAGAAAAAACCACCCAAUGCGGCACCCAGUCAGUAUAAGGUCAACAAUUUAGCUCCCAAGCCGAAUACGGCAGUAGUAGCCAACAAGAAGCCACCAGUGGCUGGACAGGCGGCAAGGAGUGGAGCCGGUGCUGUAAGGAGCGGACCACAGGUAGCCAAGACAGGGCCGCAGGCAGUGAAAACUGGCCCACAGGCUCAGAAAUCGGGGCCUGUGCCAGUUAAGAGUGGCCAGCAGAUAGUGAAAGGUGUCCCACAGGCAGGCAAACCAGCCGGAGUGGCCAAUAGGCCUCCAAAUGCUCCAGGAUUUCCUGUCCAAGCCGGCCAGAAGCGCGUUGCUCCCGCUCCACCGCUGGAAACUGAGGCUGCCUCCAAGUCGGUGAAAAAGUGGCGACGCGUGGCCCGCAAGCGCGGAUUCCUGAUGGGCGGAUUUAAAAUCCCGUAUCUCAACGACCAGCCGAAGAAGCUUCCCCAACCGGAGGCAGAGUCUUAUGCCUUGUCCUUCUUCGAACAAAUCUUCAAUUACAGUACAAACCAGGACGCCACAGAGGAGGACUUCUUGGAGGCGGCAGUGGUGCUCAAUGAGGAUUCGGAGGACGAGUCGGUGGCCGAUGAUGCCAAGUCGGCUCGCAAGAUCGCAAAGCGCAAUAGGAAGCGAAUAAGGUCCGAGUGGGCCCCGCUGCACGAGUCGAAGAAGUACAAGGACUGGGGCAACUGGUGGAAGGACUACAAGAACGUAGGCGAGGAGAUCGAGCAGCAGCUUUUGGAGUGCGGCAACCUCAAUCUGGAGCAUUGCUUCCUGCCCAAUCUGCCCAAGCUUACUACAGAGCAGGUGGUUUACGCUAUCAUUAAGUCGGCUCACUUCGGACUAGAGAAGAACGCGGAUGUGCCGUACGACACUCUGAAGACUAUAUUCACGAUGAUGAACCGCACCUUCUUGGAUAACCUUACGGAGCUGAACAUGGUGGAGAUUCAGGACAUCAUUCGUGGCGUACCCAACGAUCUCUGGGUAUUUAAGAUGCGCAGCAUGGUUUACCUGUGGGCCAAGUAUAAGGCCAUCACCAAUUCCAAGUCCACCGCCGAGGAGGACGUCAAGGAUCAGCAGGCCAUCGCCCGCGAGUGGAAGAGUCCUUGCUUCCACUGGCUGGCCAAGCAGGCCUUCGACGAACUAGUGGCAAUCAGUGAAACCGAAUGGAAAGAACACCGCAGUAUCUUUCCGACUGUGGAUUAGGCACACGACCUUUCUCUUCUUAACAUCCAAACCUACUCAAAUCCUAUACCCUAACGGAAAGUAGGAUCUUCUUCAGGAUUAUUUUAUGGACUAUAUAUACGAGAACCUAGUUGUACUAAAAACAUUUAUUGCACACAUUAUAAAGUAUCAUCCUGACUAUGUAAAGUAUUCUGUAAUUAGACCAGAAUGCUUAAGCAAAUAAAGAACUAACCCGGAUGCGUGCAUCUUGCGCUCUAGGGGAAACAAAAUAAUAUUGAUCAGACAUUUUCUUCCUACUAGGAAGUCAAUAGUAACUACGUCAAGUAUCUCCAAAACAACACUGUGUACUAAUUUUUGGUAAGAUUUAACCUCGAGUUCUUAAAAUUGUAUAUGACACUAGAAAAAUUUGAAUUAUAUAGAAGUAGCUUGUAAUUGGAAUUAAUAAAGAAUAAAUACCCGGCCCAAA